AUUACAAUUUGACACUGGAGCUCCUGUCCACACUGAUAUAACCAGCAGCUCCCAAGCAGCUCCAGCCUCCUGCACAAUGUCUGUAAUUGUAGCUCUGGUCAAGAAAAUCUGGUGUGUUAGGAAGUUCAUCAUCUUGAUUGUGACUCCUGUGAUCCUGUGUCCUAUUCUUAUAACACUUCCACCGCAGGAAGGAAAAUGCCUCUUCGUGGUCCUACUCAUGGCCUUAUAUUGGUGUACAGAAGCACUGCCUCUGGCUGUUACCGCUAUGCUGCCAAUAGUACUAUUCCCCUUCUUAGGAGUCCUGCCAUCCAGCGAAGUCUGUCCACAAUAUUUCUCGGAUACAAACUUUCUUUUCCUUAGUGGCCUUCUCAUGGCUGCUGCUAUUGAGGAGUGGAAUCUGCACAGGAGAAUUGCCUUGAAGGUGCUUAUGUUGGUCGGAGUCCAGCCUGCUCGGCUCAUACUGGGCAUGAUGAUAACAACAGCGUUCCUGUCCAUGUGGUUGAGUAACACUGCUUCCACCGCAAUGAUGCUCCCUAUUGCCAAUGCUAUUCUCAAGAGUCUAUAUGGAGAAUCAUUUUGCAGGGAGAAUACUAUUAAAUGCCAUGACAACAUUCCAGUUACAUUACAGGAGAAUGGUUUACACUCUGUCCCUACAGAAUUGCAGCUGCUCACCGAUGUUGUUGAACACAAAGAAUCACCAGAGAAGGUGGGAAUACCCACUGACAAUGAUUCUGAUAUGGAGAAAGAGCGUGAAUAUCAAAACAGGAUCUGGAAGGCAUUUCUCAUCUCCAUCCCAUACUCAGCUAGUAUUGGAGGAACUGCCACCCUCACUGGGACAGCACCAAACCUCAUUCUUCUUGGACAACUGAGGAGUUUUUUCCCAGCUUGUGAUGUAAUAAAUUUUGGCUCCUGGUUCAUCUUUGCGUUUCCACUGAUGAUUUUAUUCCUUAUCCUAAGUUGGUUAUGGAUCUCAAUUUCACAUGGAGCUUUCAGCUUACGCUGCAAAAGUGAGAAGAAGCCGGAGAUUAGAUUGGAUGCAGAAGCUAAAGCCAAGGAAGUAAUAAGGGAAGAUUAUCAUAAACUGGGGCCCGUGAUUUUUGCAGAAAAGGCAGUCUUGGUCUUCUUUUGUCUUUUUGCCAUCCUCUUGUUUACAAGAGACCCAAAGUUUAUCCCUGGAUGGGCAUCAGUCUUCAAACCUAGGUUCACCUCUGACGCGGUCACAGGAAUUACCAUUUCCAUCAUUUUAUUCUUCUUCCCAUCUGAAAAGCCGUCAAUUUCAUGGUACUUUGAUCCUAAAGCCCCCAAUACAGAGAGUAGGCCUCUGCUGUCAUGGAAGAAAGCUCAGGAGUCUGUACCCUGGAACAUUAUCUUACUGCUGGGAGGCGGAUUUGCCAUGGCAAAGGGAUGUGAGACGUCUGGUUUAUCCACAUGGAUUGGAAGCCGCUUGCAGCCCCUUGAAAGUCUUCCACCAGCUCUUGCUGUCCUCCUUAUCACCAUACUGAUCGCCUCAUUCACAGAAUUUGCCAGCAACACAGCCACUAUAAUUGUUUUCCUUCCGGUUCUGUCUGAGCUGGCCAUACGUCUGAAGGUGAAUCCGUUGUACUUAAUGAUUCCUGGUACUGUUGGCUGUUCCUAUGCAUUCAUGCUGCCUGUGUCUACACCUCCAAACUCUAUAGCCUUUUCUACUGGACACUUGUUGGUGAAAGACAUGGCUAAAACUGGAGUAUUGAUGAAUCUGAUGGGAGUCCUCCUUCUUAGUUUAGCAAUGAAUACUUGGGCUUCCAGUUUAUUCCAGCUGGGCACCUUCCCUGACUGGGUAAACAUCCAUUCAGAAAACAUUACUGUCCUAGCUACUACUAAAUACAACAUGACCACUGGGGCAUAACCAUGGAAACUUCACACCUCCAUUGACUAUGGCCACAAUAACUGACAUUGUGAUGACAACACUAAUGUGGAGAUAGAUCUGUCUGCAACUUUAAAAACAAAAUGGCUGCAAACCUUUACCUUGAAGGAAUGCUGUAUAUUUGGUAUUUGAUUGUUUCUUUCUAAUUGUUACACAAUUGUGUAUUUUCUAAGUCAUCAAUUCUUCCAGAAUUGUAAUAAGAUAUUAGUCAUAUAGGGCUGCAUGUGUCUGCAGUCUCAUAUCUCAGGUCAACGACUCAUUCUAUACAAAGUCCUUCUCAUUGGGUCCUCAUAGGAUACCAUGGAUAGGAUUGUAUACCAUGUCAUAGGGACCGAGUUGAUUAUGAGUGGUAGAUGACCUUUCUAGGUGCCACCAAGGACACAGGUUCUUGUAAGUCUGAAAGUAGAUAUAGUUUUAAAAGAUGCAUUCUCCAAGAAGUCUCAUCUGAUAUGUACAAACAAAUGUUGUUUCUUGGUUUGGUCGAACAUACCCAACUGGCCAAAGCCUUGGAAAUUCCUCAGAUUGUUUUAUUGAAAUGGAAAAUGUGCUUGGAUCAAUUGUAAGAAUAUCUCCUCUCUUGAAGCUAGUCUUACCAUGUCCAUCAUUCCAGGAUAAAAGGGCUAUGGGCUUUUUCAUCUUUCACGGUAGGUGGCAAGAGUGGCCGGAUGCUUCAUUCUUCCCUCUGGAUAGGUGGACCUCUUUAAUCUUCAUACCUCCCAUAGAAAAAGUUAUGAGAACUGACAGAGCGGUUUAAUUCCUGUCUAGUGCAAUAUAAGUGCAUAAAAUAAAUACAUAAAUAAACCUGUUAAGAUGUAAACAAGUCAGGAUACAGAUGGGGUGGUACUUCUCCCCCACUAACCUCACCUGUUAAGAUGAUUUGAACCAUGGUGCAAUAAAAAUAAAUUACUACUA